UCAUACAGCUUACACCUCAGCCGCACGGGACACGGGGAUCCAUGUUUGAUUGAAAUUUUGGUUAUAAAUCGUUGUCUGAUAUCAUUCAGCCUUUUUCUUCUUAAAUUGAAAUUACUCUUACUCUGGACAAAUCCAUUUGCCUCUCGCAAGGUCUUCACUUCUCGAAGAUGGCGUCCCCAUAUGACCAGUACCCACCCUAUGGCGCUCCAGCUCCAGGUCCGCACCCUAGCGGCGGGGCAUACUAUACGCCCCAGGACGCCCCGCAUGGUUAUGGGUCUCAGCAACCAUAUGGACAGCCUGGCCAGCUUGAACAGUAUGCGGGUGCCCACACUUCCCAGCAUGAUUUGAGCCCGCAAGCGCAACAAUAUCAGCCGCCGCCGCAGAGGGACUUUCUGAGCCCGUCUGAUGCGCUGGGGUACCAGCAUGCGCCCGGAAACUACGAAGCUAGAGGUCGCCAGGGCAGCAACGCUGAGUAUUACAACCAACAUACCGACGAACAUAGAGACGCUUCCCGAUCACGGCGCCGCCGAUCCCGCGCGUCCAGUAGCGCGAUGAAAGACAGAUCUGGAUCGCGGUCUAGGUCUAGGUCUGGGUCAUCAGGGCAGGAUCGUGGCCUUGCGGGAACGUUGAUGGGAGGGGCGUCUGGAUACUAUCUGGGACAUAAACAGAGUCAUGGUCUCCUCGGUGCUUUGGGCGGCGCACUAUUAGGAAAUUUUCUAGAGCACCGGGUCGAGGAACACAAGGAGCAUGGCGAGGAUCAUCAUAAGCGCCACCGCCAUCGCCAUCGUCACCAUCAUCAUCAUCAUCAUCAUGAUCAUGAUCAGCGGCAUCUCGAUCAACACCACCAUGGCCAUCGGCAUCAUCGGAGCCACUCGAGACAUAGUAGACACAGUGACGAUCCCUGAGGCUUGGGUUCGCUGUGGGGAGCGGUAAGCCUGGCAUGAGGUGAUGCACAUGGUUUUGAAUUGUUCUGCGAUAGGAAUGGUCUUCGUUCGUUGUAACUACUUUUCAUCAUGCCCUUGCUUGCACUUUCAGUUCGCUCAUGUUGUCUAUGCAGUAGCAGAUGGAUUGUUUGUUUCGCUCCUGAGAGAUUAGCUGCGCAUGUUCGUAGCGUGCUCUGUGCCUGACGAAUGACUGCCUCAUAUGCCUGGCAGACCAUGGGUAACUGCAAAUAUUACCUUCGAUCGCUCCAGGCUCCCAAUAGGAAUUGACAAAAACGACAUCGGAGUUGAAGCGUUCUUCAUGUUCUGAGGGGAUCCUUCAGUCCACUGUAGACUUGAGCAUUCCUGAGACAACGUAGAGUAUUGGCAUU